AUGGCGCUUCGAUCUCUGGGCUUGAAAUUUGCAAUGCACGUGUCAAAACCAUUACAUCAAUCUAUCUCAUCGCUCCAUGCUCUCACAACAUCUCCACAACUAGACGAACGCCUUAUUCUCCACCAAAUCUCUCAACUUUUACCAAUACCCACUUCCAAAACCCUAGAAUCACACUCGGAAUCGAAAUCCGUUGAUGGGUUUUUGUCUCCGGAAGAUAAACUACGCGGUAUCUUUCUUCAAAAACUAAAGGGUAAAGCUGCAAUUGAACAAGCUUUUUCCAGUGUAGGUAUUGAUGUGAAUGUUGAUAUUAUUGCUAGGGUAUUAAACUCUGGGAAUUUGGGUGGUGAAGCUAUGGUUAUGUUUUUUAAUUGGGCACUCAAACAACCAAUGGUGCCUAAGAAUGUUGCUACCUACCAUGUCAUUGUUAAGGCAUUAGGAAGAAGGAAGUUUUUCAUGUCUAUGAUGCAAGUUUUGAAUGACAUGAGGUUGAAUUGUAUAAAAGCUGAUUUGUUUAUGUUAUCUAUUGUUAUUGAUAGUUUUGUAAAUGCUGGUCAUGUAUCUAAAGCAAUUCACGUGUUUGGGAACUUGGAUGAUCUCGGUCUGAGUCGCGAUACUGAGGCUUUGAAUGUUCUUUUGUCGUGCCUUUGUCGACGCUCUCAUGUUGGUGCUGCGGCUUCUGUUUUUAAUUCAAUGAAAAGGAAGGUGGCUUUUAAUGUUGCCACGUAUAAUGUUGUUGCUGGUGGUUGGUGUAAGUUUGGUAGGGUGGAUGAGAUUGAGAGGGUUAUGAAGGAAAUGGAAGUUGAGGGGCUUUCUCCUGAUUUUGGUACGUUUGCUUUCUUUCUUGAGGGUUUGGGUAGAGCAGGUAGAAUAGAUGAGGCGGUUGAGGUUUUCGGUAGUAUGAAAGAGAAAGAUACUACGACGUAUAAUGCAAUGAUUUUCAAUUUCAUUUCGGUUGGCAAUUUUGACGAGUGUGUGAAGUAUUAUAAUGGGAUGUUGGGUGAUAAUUGUGAACCUAACAUUGAUACAUAUACUAGAAUGAUUAGUGCUUUUCUCAGAAUAAGGAAAGUGGCUGAUGCACUUUUGAUGUUUGAUGAGAUGUUAAGACAAGGAGUUGUGCCUCCUACUGGGACUGUAACCUCCUUCAUCAAAUAUUUGUGCAGCUAUGGUCCACCAUAUGCUGCUAUGAUGAUCUACAAGAAGGCAAGAAAAUUAGAGUGUAAGAUAUCAAUGGAGGCAUAUAAGAUAUUGCUUAUGCGCCUUUCCAAGUAUGGAAAAUGUGGAACAUUGUUAAGUGUCUGGCAGGAGAUGCAAGAAUGUGGGUAUAGUUCAGAUGUUGAAGUUUAUGAGUACAUAAUCAGUGGCCUUUACAACAUAGGACAACUUGAAAAUGCUGUGCUGGUUAUGGAGGAGGCUUUGCGCAAAGGGUUCUGCCCUAGCAGGCUUGUAUAUAGUAAACUAAGUAACAAGCUGCUUGCUUCAAACCUGACAGAGAGGGCUUACAGACUGUUUUUGAAAAUUAAACAUGCUCGUUCUCUAAAAAAUGCGAGAAGUUAUUGGCGAGAUAACGGUUGGCACUUUUGA